AUGCCCAUUUUUCGACUUGUAUUUGCUCCUGGUGAGCUGGUGCUUGGAUUGGCGCAGGCGGCCUUCGGCUGGUCCCUGGAGGAGCUCAGAGAACGGCUCCGAGCCGACACCACGUCGUUGAAGGUCGACCUCAGUUGGCGCAGCCUCUCGGUGGACCAGGUGGAGCAGCUGGCGGAGGGCCUCAGGGAAAACAGCUCCUGCCGAAAGGUGCGGGCUAAGCGACAGCCACGUCACAGUUUUGGCCGCCGGGCUCCGGACCAACAGGGGGCUGACAGUGCUGAAUCUGAUGGACAACCCCUUCGGCGACCCUGGGGCUCUGGACCUGGCCGCCCUGCGGCAACGAGGCCGGGGACUCUUCUACCGGCCGGAGCUGCGGCCGGCGCAAUACAAGCUCGCCUACGAUAA